GCUCAAUGACUCCGGUCAUCGGUCAACCGGUCACAUCAUAAUAUAUUGUUGCUCAGAAGAUCUGCUGCAAAACAUUAUACGACAGCGAUGCGAUAACCAAAAUUUACAAGCUGGUAAACGGAGAAGAGCAGAUAGAUAUUAUCGUGACCCACUGGGAUUGCGCAAUAGCUCCCAUUCUUCAAUUUCAUUCCACCGUCGUCAUGUAUCCUGAAUGGAUUUACGACAGAAAGCCUGAGAGUUUCGUACAUUCGCGCCUUUACAUGGAAGGCAAAAACACCAUCGAGGCACUGAUGAAGUACACAGAGCGGGGAUUCAAAUUGAAACUUACAAAGCGCCUCAAUGACAUUAUCCAGGAGUCUUCAGCACUCAAGUCACAUCUCGUUCAGCAACUCAAAAAUCUCAGCAACGCAGUUCCCGAGCUAGUCAACUUUGAUAUCUCUCUCGCCCAACAAGUAAUUCCACACCUUAGCGACGCCCGUAGUGCCAAGGCUCCGUUUCAGCUUGCAACAGUGUUGUCGUAUGCCAGGCAGACUGCAACGUCCACUGUCGCCAAGGACAUGAAACCUGGGACCUCCUGCUUCGAGGCGGUUGGUGAAGCUAUUGCCCAGUUAUCAGCGGAGUGCAACAAGUUACUCCCUUUGGCAAUGGAACCUGAGAACGUGUUCAAGAGUAGGCUUCUUUUAGCUUUGAUAUUCGUCAAAUAUCAUGCUAACGAUGGCCAAGUCUCUGGCACACCACCGUGGGUCCUACGAAUUGAGGAGAUCAGAGCCAGAAUGACUACCAAUGUCGAAGCCGAGCAGAAAGCCGCACAGCUGCAGGAGGAAAUACAAGGACUUUCACGGAGUCUCAAGACGAAAGACCAAGUGAUACAGAAGUCAGAGGUGAAGAUCGAGCACAUGGAACGGCGCAUGGAAGCAGUCAAGGAGCAAGCAGACCUGGAUAUGUUCGAGCAAGAUAAUGCGAAACUGAAGGCGUUGGUUGCGGGUUCGGAGCGACAAGCUGCUAGCACACAACCUGUUGAUUCAGAGAAUGUCCCCAUGGAGGGUAAUGUGGAGACACCGCACCUUCUGGAGCAGAUCAAGGCUCUUCGUGGCACCGUCCGCUUCUUGCGCACAGAAAACUCGUAUCUCAAGGGACAGGACCUACUCAAGGAAAUACAAGCACUACCACAUCUCCCAGAACAUAUCAGUCGCGUACGUACACCUCCGCUGGACCCCUCAGGACAAUCCGACACAGAUGAAUCCGAUACAGAGCUUCCGCCCGCUCCUCCUACCAUUCGCUCGCUCGCCACAGAAACUAAGGUUCUCUACCGGGACAUCAUCAAAUUCUCUUCAUCGCCUCAUGUGGAUGCGGAGGAAGGAUAG